UCUCGUUGCAUAGUUGAAAAACCGGCCAAGGUGGCGACAGACAAGGUUGCAGGGAAGCUGAGCUCUACUCUCUCAUGGGUGAAGAACACUGUAUCACACACCGUCAGUCAAAUGGCCAGUCAGGUGGCAAGUCCAUCGGCCUCAUUACACACUACAUCCUCCUCUACCACGCUGUCUACACCCGCCUUAUCACCGACCUCACCAACACAGCUGAGUCCAGACGACUUAGAAUUACUUGCUAAACUUGAGGAACAGAACAGGCUCUUGGAAACAGAUAGCAAAUCCUUGCGAUCAGUAAAUGGGUCAAGACGAAAUAGUGGAUCUUCUCUUGUAUCCAGUUCAUCAGCUUCUAGCAACCUCAGCCAUCUUGAAGAAGAUUCAUGGAUCCUGUGGGGGAGGAUAGUGAAUGAAUGGGAAGAUGUACGGAAAAAGAAAGAAAAGCAAGUUAAGGAGCUUGUUCGAAAAGGGAUACCUCAUCAUUUCAGAGCAAUUGUUUGGCAACUCUUAUGCAGUGCUCAAAGCAUGCCAAUUAAGGAUCAGUAUUCAGAGCUUUUGAAAAUGACAUCUCCUUGUGAGAAAUUAAUAAGAAGAGACAUUGCUAGAACUUACCCUGAACAUGAUUUUUUUAAAGAAAAAGACAGCCUUGGACAGGAGGUCUUGUUUAAUGUAAUGAAGGCUUAUUCUCUGGUGGAUCGUGAGGUUGGAUACUGUCAAGGAAGUGCUUUCAUAGUUGGAUUACUGCUUAUGCAGAUGCCAGAAGAAGAGGCAUUUUGUGUGUUUGUUAAAUUAAUGCAAGAUUACAGACUGCGAGAACUCUUUAAACCAAGCAUGGCUGAACUCGGCCUUUGUAUGUACCAGCUUGAAUGCAUGAUACAGGAGCAUCUUCCAGAGCUUUAUGUGCACUUUCAGUCUCAGAGUUUCCACACUUCUAUGUAUGCAUCAUCAUGGUUUUUAACUAUAUUCCUUACAACUUUUCCACUGCCAAUUGCAACAAGAAUAUUUGAUAUUUUUAUGUCUGAGGGUUUAGAGAUAGUAUUUCGAGUAGGUUUAGCAGUUCUUCAGAUGAACCAAGCAGAACUACUGCAACUUGACAUGGAAGGAAUGUUACAGCACUUUCAAAAGGUCAUUCCACAUCAGUUUGACAGUGGUCCAGACAAAUUAAUCCAAGCAUCUUACCAAGUCAAAUACAAUGCAAAAAAGAUGAAAAAGUUAGAAAAGGAAUACACUACAAUAAAGACAAAAGAAAUGGAAGAACAAGUUGAAAUUAAAAGGUUACGAACUGAGAAUAGACUCCUAAAACAGCGCAUUGAAACAUUGGAAAAAGAAAGUGCUUCCUUGGCAGAUAGAUUGAUACAGGGACAAGUGACAAGGGCCCAGGAGGCUGAGGAAAACUACCUCAUAAAACGGGAGCUGGCCACCAUCAAACAGCAGAGUGAUGAGGCCAUUACUAAACUGGAGCAAGCUGAGAAUACCAUCAGGGAGCUCCAGCAGCAGCAGCAGCAAUGGCAUAAAAGCAGUAUACGAUACAGUGAAGACUUUGUGCUACAGCUGGAAAAAGAGCUGGUCCAAGCCAGACUGAGUGAAGCAGAAUCCCAUUGUGCCCUGAAGGAGAUGCAAGAUAAAGUUCUAGAGAUGGAGAAGAGGAACAGCUCUCUUCCUGAUGAGGAAAAUGUUGCUAGACUACAAGAAGAAUUGAUUGCAGUAAAACUCAGAGAAGCAGAAGCUCAGAUGGGUCUUAAAGAACUAAGGCAGCAAGUCAAAGAUCUGGAUGAACACUGGCAGCGUCACCUAGCUCGUACCACUGGAAGAUGGAAAGAUCCUCCCAGAAAAAACACAGUGAAUGAGCUACAGGAUGAGCUGAUGACAGUCCGAUUGAGAGAAGCAGAAACUCAGGCUGAACUGAAAGAGACCAAGCAAAGAAUGAUGGAGAUAGAAACACAGAACCAGAUCAAUAGCAACCAUUUACGAAGGGCAGAGCAAGAGGUUACCAACCUACAGGGGAAGGUACAGUACCUUUCUGCUCAGAACAAGGGACUUCUUGCUCAACUGAAUGAAGCAAAACGUAGACAAGCAGAGACUGAAUGCAAGAGUAAAGAAGAAGUGAUGGCAGUACGGCUCCGAGAGGCUGACCGCAUUGCUGCUGUGGCUGAGCUCCAACAGCAUAUCGCUGAAUUAGAAAUCCAGAAAGAAGAAGGAAAAAUUCAAGGACAGCUAAAUAAAUCUGAUUCUAACCAGUACAUCAGAGAACUGAAAGAUCAGAUAGCUGAGCUGCAUCACGAGAUCAAAUGUCUAAAAGGCCAGAGAGACUUCUCAGACCAACCCACUUUUGAUGGGAUUCACAUUGUCAACCAUUUCACAGGAGAUGAUGAAUCAUUUCAUUCUUCUGAUGAAGAUUUUAUAACUAACUCCAUACAGGAGAGUGGUGUGACCUUUCAUCUACACAGAAGGACUGGUCAGAUGGCUUUAGAUCACACAGUCAUAGAUAGCAGUGACAGUGAUACUGAGGAAAGUGCCCUUCAGACUGAGAAUUCAGACAAGAUGCUUUCCAAGCAGAGAAGAAUGGAAUCUUACUCUACUACUGUGUGA